GGUAAGGGAUGCUUUUAUGUGAUAUGCCGUAACUUUCUGCCUCAGGCCUUUCUUUCAUCGAACUGGUCCAACACAUUGAUGUAUAUUACCAGGCUUGUCACCAUACUCAGCUGUCUCUUGUUUUUCCUGGGCACGCCAUUUGGAAACACGUACCCAUGGUACCAGCGCGCUCUUAUUGCUAACGCUGCUACGUUUGCUCUCCGGCUGCACCAGCGCAUUGCUCAACGUGGGAAUCAGCCACGUCUUUCACAAGAGUCUAUGCAGUUAAUUGUCUCCGAGGAUUCUCUGCAUUAUCUUCUAUAUUCUGUCAUUUUCCUGCUGACUCCUCCGGUUACAGUUGCUCUCGCCCCCAUAUUCUGCUUUGCUUUCCUUCAUUGCCUGGGGUUCACUCAAAACCUUUUAAUGCUCUAUGCCGGAAAGUCAGAAAAUCCGUCCAUUUUGACAAAGAAAAUACUUGAUUGUAUUUCCAUGGCUCAGGGCCACAGUGAUAACGUACUGCGUAUUAUUGCUAUUCACGAAAUUCUCCUAAUGGUCAUCUCCAUUGUUCUCGCUUUUUCUGGUCGCAUUCCGCUUCUCCCUUUCUUCUACUACCAUUUUCUUAAACUUCGUUACACUUCUCGCCGAAACCCAUAUUGUCGGCGUGUGUUCUCUGAGCUUCGAAUCGCAUUUCAUCAACUUGCUGAUCAUCCUAACUGUCCUCAAUUUGUCAGAUCAAUUAUUCGCGGCACUGUUAAUUUCAUCUCAAGGCUCAGUCCAUCUGAGCAUACGGCAUAA